UAUAUCUCUCCCUCUCUCUCUCUCUCCCAGCGACAUGUUUUUUACCCUUCUCUCUAAGUUCUUUCUCUCCACACAACGGACAACAGACUCUCUCUCAUUCGUCUGCAGCCUGUAGUAACCCUCCUAGCUAGAUGUCGUUCCUCCAUCUCUUCAACCGAAAGAUGGAACCUGCAGCAAGUAGAUGAACCAGCCGGUUCAGCCAACAGCCCAGAGGGAGAGAGAAUCCAGUGCUUGUUUGCGUCGGUGUGCUGUAUAUGUGUAUAUGUGUGUGUGUCUGCUGAGAGAAGAGAGGACUGCCUUCCAGUGUAUGUGUGUCGAAGUGACAAUGUUUCUUUGCUUGAGCGGGAGAGUGAGUGUGCGAGUUUCUUGCUCUGAAUAGUAGGAGAACGGCAGCUCACUAGUGUGUGUUCAUGUGAAUGGAUGCAUGAGCGGAUGCGAAGGAGAGUGUGUUUUUCCACAGUGUGUGUGUGUGUGUCCUCCUCUCUGAGUAGUAGUCGGAGGGCAACUCUCUCCCCCUGGCGGGUGUGUGUGUAGAUGGCAGUGUGUGUGUGUUUUGCCCUGUCCUCCCUUCUCCUGCUCCUGAGCUGUGGUGUAGCGGGAGGAUACCCCUUCAGAGCCCCCAUAGACCUGGAUGUCACCCCCAGGAUCACUAUGACUACCAGCGGUCUGUUGGGCUGCAGGCGUUUCCAGUCCUCAGUAGUGAACUACAGUACUCUGCUACUAGAGGAGGACAUGGGUCUUCUCUACGUGGGGGCCCGAGGGGCCGUGUUCGCUCUCAACGCCACAGACAUCUCAGACAACACAGCUCGCACUAUUGAAUGGGAAGCCUCUGAGGAGCAGAAGCAGCAGUGUCUGAGCAAAGGGAAAGACGAUAAGACAGAGUGUUAUAACCACAUCAGGUUUCUCCAGAGAUUUAAUUCCACUCAUCUCUACAUGUGUGGGACUCACGCCUUCAAACCUCUUUGUGCGUACAUAGAUGAGGAGAGUUUUAAAGUGUCGUCUGAGUUUGAGGAGGGUAGAGAGAAGUGUCCGUAUGGACCUGCAACAGGCUACACUGGCCUCAUCGUGGACCAGCAGAUGUACACGGCGUCUCAGUAUGAGUUCCAGUGCUCUCCGGACAUCCGACGUAACGACCCCUAUCCCAUGGUGAGGACAGAGGAGGCACCCACUCGCUGGUUUCAUGAGGCUGACUUUGUGGGCAGUGCCCUGGUGAGGGAGAGUGAGGGCAGUACUACCGGAGAUGACGAUAAAAUCUACUACUUCUUUACCGAGAAGAGCCAGGAGCAGACCCCAUACUACAGCCACAUUAGAGUGGCACGUGUUGGACGAGUCUGUAAGGGAGAUAGAGGAGGUCUGUUGACCCUCCAGAAGAGGUGGACAUCAUUCCUAAAGGCCACACUGGUGUGUUCGCUGCCAGAAUACAACUUACACUUCAACGUGUUGAGGAGUAUUUACACGCUGCCGGGACACACACCUCACGACACACUCUUCUACGGUGUCUUCAGUCCCGAGUGGAAGAACGUGAAGAUAUCAGCAGUGUGCCGGUUCUCUCUGUCUGAGGUCCAAAGGGUCUUUGACGGGCCCUACAUGGAGAAUCAGGACUCUGGAGCCGAGGGGAGCGAGUACACUGGAAAGGUCCCUGACCCACGACCUGGAUCAUGUAUUACAGACCAGUUGAGAUCCAGAGGUAUAAACUCCUCCACCUCCCUGCCAGACGACAUGCUGAACUUUGUGAGGAGACACCCUCUGAUGUCCCAGCAGGUCAUGUCUACAGAGCAGCGCCCCCUUUUGUUCAGGAGGACAACAGACUACACCCAGCUGGUGGCUCACAGGGUGGAGGGGCUGGACGGGCAGAACUACCAUUUACUCUUCAUGGGCACAGACGAUGGCUGGCUGCACAGAGCUGUAGAGGUCAGGGGUCAUCUACACAUUAUAGAGGAGCUACAGCUGUUUGACCAACCACAGCGUGUGGAUAGCCUGGUUAUUUCACAUACACAGAUGAGUGUGUAUGUAGGUUCUCCUUCUGGUGUGGUCCAGCUUCCCCUCUCCACCUGCAAUAGGUACAAUUCUUGUUACGACUGUAUCUUCUCCCGGGACCCUUACUGUGGCUGGGAUGGACAGGACUGUUUGGAUAUCACAGCACAGACUGACAGGUCUAACCUGACCCAGGACGUCCUGUAUGGGAACAGAGGAUGUGAUAACGAGCUGGUCCAGCACCGGAGCCGGUCUAUAAUGGUGGGAGAUGACGUGCUGCUCCAGUGUGAAAUUAGCUCCAAUCUGGCAACCCCAGUGUGGACUCUGGACGGGUCAGAGCUGCAGGGCUAUGGCCUGGAGUCUGGCUUCAGGGUGGGCACCGACGGCCUCCUGGUCAUCGAGUCCCAACCGGAGCAGAGCGGCGAGUACACCUGCCACGCCCUCGAGAACGGUGUCCGAGUUGCUGUGGUUAAGUACUCUGUGACGGUACGUCUAGAUAUGCCACACACCCCUCCCCCACCCGUCGACCAAUCCCAAGACCAUCCCUACUACCCUCCUCCUCCACCCCUCACCCCGCUCUUCCACCCUUCGCCCCCCUCCUCUGAGAGACCCCUGCCACCCUCUGCCCCGGCCCCUCUCCCCCCCACCUCAGAGCUGCCACCCUCUGCCCCAGCCCCUCCCCCCCCCACCUCGGAGCUGCUCUCCCCCAGGAGCAUGGAGGCUAUGUACCUGUCCUUGAUCACCAUCCUAGGAGGUCUGUGUCUGGUUCUCACCGUGGUCCUCCUCUACCUUGGCUUCUGUCUGCGGGGCAGCCACAGGGGGAAGUACUCUCUCCGCGCUGCCGCCGCCGCCGCCGCCUCUGCCAAUCACACGGACAGGAAGAGGAAACACAGGAAGCAGCAGCAGAAACGCCACAGUAGCUCCGCCCACCUGGAUCUCAAGACCAUCUCCAGCCACUGUAAUGGGAAAGGGAUCUGUAAUGGUAACGGCGUCUCCCAACAACCGGGGAACGGUGACACGCACAAAGGGGGCUUCCUCCAGAUCGUCCCGAGAGAGGGCCAGCCGUCCCCCAACAAGGACCCACCUCCCCCUGCCCCCCCUCUCCCCCCGCCCACUCAGACCCCCCACACCCCCCUCAACCAAUCAGAGUGUGACUUGCAAGACUUCCCCAGCCCCAACGGCCUAUCGGCGACGUUACCCAGCGUCUUGCGGAGGAUGCACGGUAACAGCUACAUGUUGUUAAGACAGAGUGAGGCGGAGAGCAGCUCCCCUCUCUGCCGCUCCUUCACUGAGGAACUCAACACGAUUCUGGAGAAGAGGAAGCACACGCAGCUGCUGCCAAAACCGAACGAGAGCUCUCUGUAGUAGAGGGAACACCUCUCUGUGUCCGGGAGGUAGCUCCCCCUGUGGUGGGAGGACUGAACUGGACCCACUAAUAUUGUCCAUUUAGCAGACGCUUUUAUCCAAAGCAACGUACAUCAGUGAGUGGCCAUUGGUGGCCCAAAACAGAGUGCAGUAGAGAUCCUUUGAAGAUGACCCAUGCUGCUCACAGAGUAAAAUGUUUUUAAACUAGCCUGGACUGAAUUAUGAGAGAAGGAGAUGUCCUGCUUACGUUUUUUGGACGUAAUAAAGGGACACACAUCUGGUUGAAGUAUCAACUGUGUUUCAAAAUAAACUAUUUCUGCAAACUAUUCGGCCCCCCUAUCGCUAUCCCCUGUUUGACACCCAAAGCCAUGGGUUACAGUGAGUACACACAUAAGAGAGACAGAGAGAACCUACCCCAGCUCAGCAGAGCUCAGCAGGCUAGACCUACCCCAGCUCAGCAGAGCUCAGCAGGCUAGACCUACCCCAGCUCAGCAGAGAUCAACAGGCUAGACCUAACCCAGCUCCAGUCAAUACACCUCAGUCUGGAUCAAUAAAAGAUGAGCCCUGGGGGGGUGAUUCAAGGGGCAGGCCUCAAAUCUCAGCCCCAGAUUAAGGCUCCUCGCUGGGCAGGACACGAGGGACAGGGACCCUGGAAGUCUCAACACAGCCCAUGAUAACAAGGAAGAAGAGGAGGAAGAAGAAGAGGCUCACGGGAAUAUGAGUUCUUGUGAAGUGUGACAAUGACUUGACUUUUUUGGUUUUUAAAUGGAGGCAGCUGUCCAAAGGAGAGACCAGACGUGUUUUAAGAUGUUGUGCUCUACACCUUUGUAGCUGGUUUCAUAUUGGACAUUGAGGGCAAAAUGUGUUUUUAUUCUUAGAAGUUUGUAAAUUAUGUGAACAUUGAUUACAAUGGUAACACAAAAUGUAAUAACCAAAUUUAAGUAAUAUUAUUAACACAUAUCAACUCUUAACCCCAGACAGAGAGAGUAAUCCAAUGAAAAUACCCUUUGUACAUAAUUUUUGUGUAAUAGGAAAUUGGACACUAUUAACCGUUAUAGUGAAAUGUAAAUGCCGUUUCCUUCAGACAUUCCCUGGUUAUUAUCUACUCAACUCAAUACAAACACAUCAGGAAUAUGAGAGAUUCAACCCCAUCUGAGUAGGAGCCAAUGGAUUACCAGAAUCCAUACACUGCUGUCUCCUAUCCAACCCCAACCUAAUGGGUCUGAACUAUGGUUGGAAAAUAGGUCUGAGCUCUACCACGACAUCACAGCUCGGCCACAGAGGACCAGACAUCAUGUACACCUGAGGCCUGAGAGAUGCUGUCUAGUUUUGGGCCUGUCUGUUUGAAACAGAUCUUGCUAACUUCAACUCCAGACAUUCUCAGAUAUGGUGUGAUGUCUGGUACCGUGACACUAAUAUCUUGCCCACCGGGAAUAGCUUCAAAAUGUCUGAAUAACUUUGAAUAGUCACUGUUUGGAAUCAAACACAGUUCCAGUACCAUUGGAAGACCAAUUAUAAUCCAGAGGGACUGAGGAAACAGUCUAAUCAUCCAUUCUACAACAAACAGCAUGCUCUAUCCCAUGUUAACCUGAGAACUGGAUAGUAAUAUAGGCCAGGGUACAGUACAGCUACUCUGUAACUGUGCGGUUCAUCACAAGAGCAAACUGGGGAAAGGGGCAUUUAAUGGUUCUGGUCUUCACAUCAAAUCACACUGCCCUCUCUGUAGUCCUCUCUGUAAGGAUAACAAACUAUGACAAAAUGGAUGCUUACUAAUCAUGAUCCCCAUCCCAACUGUUGCCAGGUUUUAAAAUGAAUACACUAUUAGUGACACUAUGUUCUUUUUAAGUAAAAAAAAAAUACAUGUAUUGUAAUUUUGUUCUAGGUUGCUAUUCUAUUGCCAGUGUUGUUGUUUUGGUGCAAUUUGUAAGAGGCAUUGAUGUGAGUGUCUUGUCCAUUAGUGUUGCACUAGUAAUCUAAUAGCACGGUAGAACAACAGGGGUCUCCAACUCUGGUCCUGGAGACCUACGGGCGAUGCAGGAAUUCUUCCUACCCGGCACUACCACAGCUGAUCCAACUUAUCAUGGUUCAGAGUCAGACUGAAGACUGUGAUGAAUUGAGUGUGUUUAGUAGGUACGUUAGUGAUUGGUUGGAGCAAAACCCUGCACAUGCAGUCACUCUACAGGGCCGGAGUUGGAGAACCUGUUGUUGAAGCAUGGUAUCUUCGCUAACAACAUGAUGAACGGAAUACACCACCACAACCAUAAUGUGACAGAGGAUAAGACUCUUCAGUCUGGCCCAUUCAUCUGGGUUGGCUUAGAUAAAGUUCCCCACAGCUCGUUAAGCAACUUCCACAGCAUUCAUCAUUCUGUCUUUUGUUCUCGCUCUCCCUAUUGCUCGCUCUGUCUCUAUCUUCGUCUCUAUCUCCGUCUCUAUCUCCGUCUCUAUCUCUAUCUCUGUCUCUAUCUCUAUCUCUGUCUCU